AUGUUCCGCAUGAGACGGUACCGCUUGGUGCUGAUAUGCGCCUUGGCUAUUACCAUCCUUCUAUACCACGUUUCCAAAAACUCGCAAUGGGAGCAGGAUAUCUGGCAUGACUUUGACCAGAGAGGUCGUCAUCAUCAUAAUAUAAGACCCAAACCGAGGCCAGAGCAUGCCGCUCCUCCCCCUCCACCGCCACCACCACCAUCUUCUCCUCCUCCCCCUCCCCCUCCCCUGCCGCCUCCUCCUGGACCUCCUCCGCCAUCAACACACGAAUCCGACCGUCACGAACAGGAUGGACCUUACAAACCUCCCCAUACGGGCCAUUAUUACGAUACAGACGGGCCUGCGCCAGACAAGCCACCUUCCGACCCCUCGGUCAAGCUUCCCGAGCUGAAGCCCGAUUUCGACGAAGAAUCCUACCAAGAUUACAGUCUCCCGACCAAAGUGGUUUCUCCCAACCCGUCAACAGCCGACGGACAGGAUGGAACCAACGCUGAGCAGCCACAGCCGGAGUUUGUCCCGCCGACGAUUCCCAAGAUGAACCCACCUCCGCACAAGGGCCCCGUCCUGCCGCCGCCUGGGAACGGAGACGAUUAUGGCGGGACAAGUCCUUCAGCCACGACCAUCCACUGGAAGAAGCCUAAGGAGUGGUACCCCGUCCCUUCGGAAUCAAUCAUCCCCCUGCCUACUGGCAAGCCAAAGCCAAUUCCCCGGAUCCAGUACCAGUUCGACGAGGAGUCGCCCGUGGCCAAAGAGAAGCGGGAGCUGCGCCGGGCGAAGGUCAAGGCUGAAGCCAAGAAGGCGUGGGAAGGCUACAAGAUGUAUGCUUGGGGCCAUGACGAGGUGCGGCCGGUCAGCAAGCAGCCUAAGGAUCCGUUCUGCGGUUGGGCUGCGACUUUGGUUGAUUCUCUGGAUACCCUUUGGAUCAUGGGCAUGAAAGAGGAGUUCGAGGAGGCUGUGCAGGCUGUCAAGAACAUUGAUUUCACCACGACCCCGUACCGGACGGAUAUCCCUGUUUUUGAGACCAUCAUCCGCUAUCUCGGCGGGCUCAUUGGCGCGUAUGAUGUCUCCGGCGGCGAGAAAGGCGGGUACACCAUCCUGCUGGACAAGGCAGUUGAGCUCGCUGAGGUCCUCAUGAGCGUCUUCGACACGCCGAACCGCAUGCCCGUGCUGUACUAUCACUGGAUGCCGGAUGAGAAUAUUACCCCUAAGCGGGCGUCCGUCGUCAGCGUCGCCGAGCUUGGCUCCAUGACGAUGGAGUUUACCCGGCUCGCGCAGCUGACGGGGAAGAAUAAAUACUAUGACGCGAUUGCUCGGAUUGUCAAUGAGUUGGAGGCGCUGCAGAACCGCGAGAAUGCGACGGCUAUUCCAGGGGUCUUCCCUGAGCAGCUGGAUGCGUCGGGGUGUAAUAGGACCGCGGCGCUGUUUAACUAUCUAGAGCAGAACCAGAAUCCGUUUGAGAGCAGGGAGCUGUGGCAUCCGGCGGUUGAUGAUGAGAAGGCGCAGGAGGAGCUUCCCCCGCCUGCCGGGGAGGGGCAGGUGACUGGGACGCCGGUUCAGGUUCCGGAAUCGCAUACCGGGGCUGGUCGAAACGAUCAAGUUGGGCAUAGCCCUGGCCCUAAAAAGAGGGAUUUGGAACAGGAUUACUCCUCUCACCGGCCCGAGCAGGUUCCGGAAUCUCAUGACCAGGCGUCUCAGCAACCCAAGGUUCCUGAUCAGUCUCCCUCUCAGGAAAACAAGGAGUCCUCGAGCCAGUUCACUUCCCAAAACUCUCAGUUUUCUCAGCACUCCAAAGAAGAAAACACCUCAAACUACCUCCCCUCCCAAGACCAACCCACCACCUCCGACGACGAAUGCAUCCCCAAACCCCUCACCGGCGUCAGUGGUGCCGCCGGCUCCUACAGCAUGGGCGGCAGCCAGGACUCCACCUACGAGUACUUCCCCAAGCAGUACCUCCUGCUCGGCGGUCUCGAGCCCAAGUACCGCGCCAUGUACGAGAAGACGGCCAAAGGCGUAACAGACUACCUUCUCUUCCGGCCCAUGGCCGAGGGCGAUCCGGACAUUCUCUUCUCUGCCAAGGCGUACAGCUCCGACGGGACGAUCGAGAACAUGAGCUACGAGUGGGAGACCACCCACUUAACGUGCUUCCUAGGCGGGAUGUUUGGAUUAGGAGGGAAGAUUUUUGACCGACCGGAGGACGUAGAAAUUGGGAAGAGGUUGGCGGAUGGGUGUGUCUGGGCAUAUGAUAUGAUGCCGACGGGGAUUAUGCCUGAGCGGGCGUUGCUAGUGCCGUGUAGGAAGGCGGAGGAUUGUCAUUGGAAUAAGACCGCGUGGUAUGAGGAGCUGGAUCCGAAUGCGGAGUGGAGAGAGAGGCAGAUGGAGGAGUAUUAUGUGAAGAAGGCGGAGUGGAAUAGGAAGGUGGAGGAGGCGAAGAGAAUUGAGGAGGAGAGGAAAGCUGCUGAGGCGGCUGCCGCACAGACUGGGAAUAACACCGCUCAGGGCCAGAGCCAGGAGGGUGUUGUGUCUCUGCCUGAACAACAGCAACAAUUUGGUGAGGGUAACCCUUCCCAUCCCCUGGCUAGGGAGGAGAUGCACACUGUACACUCAUCACCAUCACCAUCACCAUCACGUCCAUCCAACCUCGCCAAGCGGGAUAUCCCACCAGGCGGUAUCAGAGACCCAGUCAGCCAACAAAUCCUGUACGAGCCAGUCCGACCUCAAACCCACAAAGAAUUUGUCGAAGACCGCAUCAAGAAAGAGAACCUCAAACCUGGUUUCUCCCACCUCAGCGACCGGCGGUACAUCCUUCGCCCUGAAGCAAUAGAAUCCGUCUGGUACAUGUACCGCAUCACCGGCGACCCAUCCUGGCAAGAAAAGGGCUGGCGCAUGUUCGAGGCCAUCAUCCGCGCCACGAGCACGGAUAUCGCGCACAGCGCCAUUGCCGACGUCGCGCCCGUGGAUGGGGCUACACCUUCCCAGGAAGAUAGCAUGGAGAGCUUUUGGAUGGCCGAGACGCUCAAGUACUUUUAUCUACUGUUCGAGACGCCGGAUGUUAUUUCGCUGGAUGAGUGGGUGUUGAAUACGGAGGCACAUCCGUUUAGACGACCGAAAGCGGAUGCGUGA